GCUUUGGACAUCUCAGUGGGUCAUAAAGCUUUGCUUUUUCGAAGAAAUAGCAUAAUUUUUUGUCCUUCCAUUGUUUGGCAGAACAAACCCGUUAGCAUACAUGGGCUUUUCAUGGUUAUUCGCAGAAGCUUUGGCACAAAAUGAGCAGAUAAUCAGACGAUGUGAUAAGCCUCUGCCAGCUGCCAGGGUCGUUAAAUAGAGGAAAAUUUCUUUCAUUCUGCUAAGAACUCUUCUUCAGCUGCCACCAUGGGCUCCAAGAUAUAUGGUGCUGUAUUGGUAUUGUUGGCCAUAAUCACACGUUUUGCCGCUGCUGGUGCACUUGAUGGUGAUGGGUAUUUGUUGUCUGUCAUAAUUGUGGGCAAUGUAUUCUGUGAUACAUGUUAUAAGCAAAACUUCUCCAAAAACAGCUACUUCAUAUCAGGUGCUUCAGUUGCAGUGGAAUGCAGAAACAAUAAGCAGACACCUGAUUUUCGGAUUGAAGCAAAGACAAAUGAUCAUGGACAAUUCAAGGUGGAGCUUCCUCCAUCCAUCUUCCAUUCAGAUAAACAACUCAAGAGAUGCUCUGCAACUUUGCUCCAAAACGAAGAGCAAAAAGGCCCUUGCAAACUAGUAUCCAUAGCCAACUCCUCCUCAUUCACUUUGAAGUCAAAGCAGGGCAGUAUCCACACAUAUUCUGCAGGUUUCUUCACCUACAGACCUCAAUCUCCACCUCCCUUUUGCUCCCAAGAUGCUGCUAAUAACCCUAAAUCUGACCUAAAGGCUCCAUUACAAUCCUCUAAGACAUUUGGGUUUCCACCAUUCUUUUCUUUUCCACCAUUCCCUCGCUCUCCAUCUCCUCCUUCCCUGCCACCGGUGCGUCGAACUCCCCCAGUAUCCGCAUUCACCUUCCCUCCAUUCUCAUUUCAAUUCCCAACACCACCAAAUGCUCCUCUCUUUAAUUUCCCUCCAAACCCAUUUUUCUCACCUCCGCCUCAGAACCCAUUCUUCCCGCCACUGCCUCAAAACCCAUUCUUUUCAUCUCCUCCAUUCAAUAUCCCUGGAUUUCCAUUUCCUUCCCCUCAAUUCAAUAUUCCCGGACUCCCAUUUUUUCCUCCUCCACUCAAUAUCCCUGGACUUCCAUUUCCUUUCCCUUUCCCAACAACACCACCCCUUCACAUUCCCAAGCCACUUGAGACCCCAUCUCUGGAUCCAUUACCUUCCAUUCCACUUGAACCAACAACACCACCCCUACACAUUCCCAAGCCACUUGAGACCCCAUCUCUGGAUCUUGAAAAAACACCUACUCUUGUUCCUUCACCUCCAAUAUAAACACCACCUCUCUUUCAUUCACCUCCUCUACCUCCAAUUGAAUCACAACCUCUCUUUCCUCUUCUGACUUCAAUCUAACCAUCACCAUUAAUACUUCCUGUCCAACAUUUUUGAAUUGGCUAUGCAGUCAUAUAAAUAAUAUAUAAAAGGCACAUCUUCCAAUAUAAACACCACCUCUUUUUCAUUCAUCUCCUCUACCUCCAAUCAAACCACCAACUUUCUUCCCUCUGCCUCCAAUCCAACCACCAUUAAUGUCUCCUGUCCAACGUUUCUGAAUUGCCUAUACAGUCAUAUAAAUAGUCGUCAGAUAUAUAAGAAACACAUCUUCCAUGUACUUAUAUAUAUAUGACGAUUUAUAUGACUGCAUUACAUCUUCCCAAUACUCAUACUCAGGUGCCCUCAUACUCAAGAGAUCUUCAAUAAUCUUGAAUCUUUAAGCACUCAACAUAUGCAUCAUAUGGUCAACACUCUCAGCUUUUUCUGGUGGCAUGGAAAGAGUUGGACAUAUAAACAGGAAAAAUCUGAGGCAUAAUGAUUGGUUUCAAUAAAUAAUUAAGUUGGGCUCAUAAGCAAUGAGUUGGCUCAGCAUCUAACCUGUGAAGGAAUUUUAAAUGUACUUGUUGGUAUUAGUGGCAACUGUUUUUGAAAUAAAAUAUGAUUUAUGGCACUUAGGAAUUAUUAAA